AGACACAAACUCUACGCUCUUCGAUAUUUCUUUUGCGAAGCCCUUUGCCUCGUCAACAUAAUCGGACAACUCAUACUCAUGAACAAUUUUUUCGACGGUGAAUUUUUCAGUUACGGACUUCGCGUCAUGUCGUUCAGCAAUCAACCCCAGGAAGAUCGUUUCGAUCCCAUGGUGUACAUUUUUCCCCGCGUGACCAAGUGCACGUUUCAAAAAUUUGGUGCUUCCGGAUCCAUACAAACCCAUGACUCGCUAUGCAUACUCCCGUUGAACAUAGUCAACGAGAAAACCUACAUAUUCCUGUGGUUUUGGUACAUAAUAUUGGCGACUCUACUCUCGGCUCUGUUGAUAUACAGAGCCGUCAUAUUGGCGGCUCCGAGCGUGAGACCCUACAUAUUGCACCGUAGAAAUAGAAUGAUUCCGUUCGACAUUGCGAAAGCCGUGUCGCGAAAAACGGACGUCGGAGAUUGGUGGAUAUU